AAUCACCGCUCACUGGUGUAGGCCUACCUAGCCUAUGUGUUGAAAAUGAGUGGGGCGUGAUAACUGUCACAUAACUGUUGUUUUUUUGCUGCAUUAAUUUUUUUUGUCCGAUAAACGUUAUCGUUACUGGCAAUGGUCUGACACAGUAGACCGAGAAUUUAGAGGGAACUGUUGGUUAUGUGUUGACAGCCGACAUGGCAACUAGCGAUGGUAGACGUGUUGCUCUAAUAACAGGCAUAACGGGACAAGAUGGCUCUUAUUUGGCAGAAUUUUUGCUGGAGAAGGGAUACGAUGUGCAUGGUAUUAUCAGACGAGCCAGUUCAUUUAAUACCGGUCGCAUUCAGCAUCUUUAUGAAGAUCCAAAAUGCCAUCGCCAAGGUAAAAUGAAGUUGCAUUAUGGCGAUAUGACUGAUUCCAGUAGUUUAAUUAAGGUCAUAAGCGCAGUACAGCCAACAGAAAUUUAUAAUCUUGCGGCACAAAGUCAUGUUAUGGUGAGCUUUGAAGUGAGCGAAUAUACUGCAGAAGUAGAUGCAGUAGGAACAGUAAGAUUAUUAGAUGCAAUACGUACAUGUGGCUUAGAAAAGUCUGUAAAAUUUUAUCAUGCAUCAACUUCUGAACUUUAUGGUAGAGCGGUAGAGGUACCACAAAAUGAAAAGACACCAUUUUAUCCACGUUCUCCAUAUGCUUGCGCAAAAUUAUAUAGCUUCUGGAUUGUUGUAAAUUAUAGAGAAGCCUAUAAUAUGUUUGCAUGUAAUGGUAUAUUGUUCAAUCAUGAGAGCCCACGAAGAGGAGAGAAUUUUGUCACAAGAAAGGUGACUAGGUCAAUAGCAAAAAUACAGUUGGGAUUGCAGGAUGUACUUGAAUUAGGAAACUUAGAUGCAAAGCGAGAUUGGGGCCAUGCCAAAGAUUAUGUAGAAGCAAUGUGGUUAAUGCUCCAACAAACACAACCGGAUGAUUAUGUCAUAGCAACGGGAGAAACUCAUAGUGUAAGAGAAUUUGUAGAAACAGCAUUCCAAUAUAUAGGUCGUACAAUUAAAUGGGAAGGAAAAGGCAUAAAUGAGACAGGACAAGAUGCACAAACUGGUCAAGUAUUAGUUCGCAUAAAUCCAAAAUUCUUCCGUCCAACAGAAGUGGAUAUACUUUUGGGUGAUGCAUCAAAGGCAAGAAAUAAAUUCGGAUGGAAACCAACAAUCACAUUUGAGGAACUUGUAAAGGAUAUGAUGGAUUAUGAUUUGGAAUUAAUGUCAAAAAAUCCAAAUGCUUAGUAAUAUUUUAUAUUUAAAUUGUGAUAUGGAGACGUGCAUUUUUCUCUGUGAAAGGCAAUAUAUAAAAAUUUAUCUAUAUUUUGUAAAUAUUAUAUAAAUAUUUUUAAUGUUUUUGAAACUCCUUCAGAAGUAAACAAA